CAUUAGGCUUUGUUCUUCCACUGCAAAUGAGUUUCAGAAUUCUGAUCCACAACUACAACAGAUCCAUGGAACUCAACUUUCUUAUCAAUUAUGAUAUAAUCAUAUUGUAGCCCAACGAAAGGAGAUUUUUUACUCACUGUAUGGCUAUUCUCAGAAGGUUUUCAUCAAUGGAGAUCAAGAUGGGUGGAUUUCUUCAUGAAGGCUUAGCCAUAUAUAGUUCAUUAGUGUUUCUGCAGGUGGGUUAUGCAGUACUGGGUGUUGUGAUGAAAACCCAGCUGUCAAAUGGGAUCAAUGCUCUGGCUUUCCUAAUCUACGCUAAUGCUUUUGGCUUUCUGGUGCUCAGCCCAUUUGCCUUCCUCCUUGAGAAAGAGAAACGACCCAAAUUGAAUUUGACUCUAGCUGGUCAGUUUUUCAUGGUUUCUCUUGCAGGAGUUUCUGCUUUCCAAGCUCUGCUGUUAAUGGGGUUGAAGAAUACUACUCCUGCUUUUGCUUCUGCAAUGCCAAACUUGGGUCCUGCUAUUAUUUUCGUAAUGGCCUGGGGUUUAGGAAUGGAGAAAGUGGAUAUUAAAUCCAUAACCAGCAGACUGAAAAUAGUUGGCACCAUUGCUUGUGUAUGUGGGGCAAUGGCCAUGAGUUUCCUCCAAGGCCCUACAUUGUCCCAGCUUUGGUCACACUCUGGAAGAGCUACAGAGACAACAAAAGCCAUUGUUCAUAUCACUCUAAAUGAAGGAGAUUCACAAACAAAAGUUAUUGGGUGUAUUUACCUGAUUUCUGCAGUGGUCAUGUUGUCCUCUGCCAUGAUAUUACAGGCUGAGAUAUUGAAGAAGUAUCCGGCCAUCCUGUCCAUUGCAGCUAUUACUGCCCUUGUAGCCUCCUUUCAAAUCGCUACCUUGAAAAUUAUCAUGGACAGGGGUAUCAACAAAGCAUCCUGGUCUCUGGAUCGUAGUGGCUUCCUCACUCUUCUCUAUGUUGGAGUCAUCUGCAAUGGACUAGCUUUUGCAUUGCAGAUAUGGUGUAUGAAGAAAAGGGGGCCUGUGUUUGUUGCAAUAUUCAGCCCAGUGUCUACUGUUUGCUCUGCUAUUUUGUCAGGCGAAACACUGCGUCUGGGAAGCAUGAUGGGAGUAAUUCUGAUAUUUGUUGGUCUAUAUCUGGUUCUAUGGGGCAAAAGCAAGGAGAAGAUCAGUGAGGUCCUGUCUUCUUCAGAUGAAGAAGAUCAAACAAACAAUACUCAAGUAAAUCAUUCUUCUGAGGAGGCUGAUGUUAAGACAGCUUUGCUUCCCCGUCAAUAAUCCUCUGUGUUUAUAUAUUCAUGGGCACGUCAUAAAGUGCCACACUGUACAUUGUAAACAUUGAAGAAAAUAAAUGCCAACAAGAAUUGUAUACUCACAGUCAUGAAACUCUGUUAUCUAAGAAUGGUGCUGAAAUAUCCAAUUACGUUUGGUAUCAACACAUUCUGAAGUAUAUUCAAAACCCAUUUUACAACCUGGGAAACACUAUCUCAUCUCCAUGCUUCUUAUAAGAAAAACAAAAAGAGCAGCAGCAAACAGGACAAGCAUAGCAUAAAAUAGAGUGAAAUGGCUGAAGAUGAUGAUUAAAUUAAUCUAGCUUGCAUUACGUUCAACCAUAAUGUUGUUUGCAAUGAACAAUCUUAUAUUUAGAGUGGGGAGAUGUAAAAUUUGGAAACUUCUUAUUUUCUGAAGGUUUCUACAUUCUUAAUUUUUUUAUUAUACAAAUCUGGUAUAUUCUUACAUUGUGGAA